AUGAUGCAAGUCGAAACAGCCACUACGUCCACGUCCACAACAACGACGAGCCCAUCCAACUCAGCAUUGUCGCCGCUGUCGCCUCGUUUGGUGUCCAUUUGCGAAGAAAUGAAUCCUAGCAAACGAUCCACCAUGGAAGAUUGUUGUGUCUAUGCGCCAGAGGGCACCUGGGACGGUCCUCCCGAUGUUGCCUUUUUGGGAGUCUACGAUGGACACGGCGGCCGCGACAUGGUGGAAUAUUUGGAGGAUGGUUUACAAUGGCACGUCGCCCAAGAACUAUGUUGCCAAAACGACGACGCACCCAUGGCCACACGAUUGGAACGAGCCUUUCUCAUGGCGGACAUUCAUUCCGAACAAUUGGGCGUGUCCAUGUCGGGUGCCACUGUGGCAAUGUGUCUGGUCAAGAAACAUUCAACAAACAAGAAGGACGACGAUGAUUCGUCUUCGUUACGUACCAUCUACGCGGCCAACGCCGGUGACGCCCGGAUCGUCUUGGGCCACGAGGGCAAGGCCCAACGAUUGACCCACGAUCACAAACCAGACGAUCCUGUCGAAAUUGAACGGAUUGAAAAGGCGGGGGGAUUCUUGUUCAAGCAACGAGUCGUGGGGGUCUUGGCGGUCACGAGAAGUUUGGGAGAUCAUUGCAUGAAGGAUUUUGUCAUUGCCAAACCCUAUUGCAGUGAAUUGGAGAUUCGUCUACCAUCAGCAAACCACUUCUUUUCUGAAGAAGAAAAAGAAGGCGAGUCUAGGGAGAGUGGCGAGAGUAGUAGUAGCAGUUUACCAUCCUUUUUGAUAUUGGCAUGCGACGGUCUUUGGGACGUCCUAGAAGAUCAGCAAGCGGUAGAUAUGGUAUGGACGCAUGGUGCGCACGAUCCACACAAUGUCGCCAAGCAUUUGGUCAAGGAAGCAUUGGCCAAAGGAAGUAUGGACAAUAUUUCUGUGGUUGUGGCAUGGUUGUAA